AACGCGCUGACGGACCGGUUCAUUUGCGGUCGCACAUGAUAAUAUUAUUAUACGUUACGUAUGAAUGUCUCGGUGUUAAUUUUUUUAAACAUUUUUUCACGCCAUUCGCUGUAUUAUUAUUAUUGUUAUAAUUCGGUGUUCUUUUUAUCUAUAUAGUAUCUUUUUCGUAUAAUUUCUGUUUGUAUUAUUUGUGUGUAUCGACUUCCGAUCGGAAAUGUGAAACGCACUUAGUUAAACGCGAACGGUGCGCGAUUCGGACGUCGAUGUCGUCGUCGUAAUUGUGCAUAAUUAAUUAUUUUGUUUGGAGAGUUUUUUUCUUGUUGUUUAGUUUUGACUCAAACCAUCAAGCUGGAUUUCCAGGCUAAUUCUUCCAACAUGUUCACCAGGUUCGACGCGACCAAGUCGACCAAAGGAGCGAGUAAGCUUCGAAGAGACUUGAUCAACGCAGAGAUUGCAAACCUCCGGGACCUAUUACCAUUACCGCCAUCCACGAGGCAACGGCUAUCGCAGUUGCAGCUUAUGGCCCUGGUGUGUGUGUACGUCCGGAAAGCCAAUUAUUUUCAACAAGCAUUUAAACGUCACGAAUGUCUACACCACCAUUGCUUGCCAACACCUAGUUACGGAUUUUCUAAGUCACUCAGCGGAUUUUUGAUGAUGAUGACCCAAAACGGCAAACUCCUAUACAUAUCGGAUAAUGCUGCAGAAUAUUUGGGACACUCGAUGGAGGAUCUCCUCAUACACGGCGACAGUGUGUACGACAUGAUCGAUAAACAAGAUCAUCAGGCUGUCCAAACCGAACUAUCCAGGAGUCAAACGUCCGCCGAGGACCAAGGAUGCAAGCGUAUGUUUUUGUGUCGGAUGAACGUUUCCAGGAACGCCCGGAGGCAAAUGCGAUUCGGCGAUCAAAAAGUUGUUUUAGUGCAGGGCCACUACCUCUCCUAUCUGCCGCUGUGCAGCAGAAAUGAACCAGUUUUCCUAGCCACUUGCAGCCCGGUGGCGAUGCCCGAGACCAGGGAGGCUGUGGUCCAGGGUUCCACCACAGUGUUCACAGCCAUCCAUUCGAUGGACAUGAAGUUCAUACACGUAGACAAAAUAGGAGAAUUUCAUUUGGGGUUUUCUCGUUCAGAGCUGCAGGGCGUCUCUUGGUAUCAAUUGUUGCAUUGGGAGUGUAUGCGCGAAGCUCAGAGCAAACACAGGCUGAUUACACAAUCAGAACAGGAUCGUUCUUGCAUACUGCUGGCCAGGGUACAGAAGAGGGCCACAGGGGACUGGCUUUGGAUACACUGCGUGUUACAGGUCAAAGACAACAUGGAAAACAGCCAACAGCCAGUCAUCGUCAGCACAAAUCAAGUACUUACGGAUCAAGAAGCGGCCGUGAUGCGGGCAAACAGUUGGCUGUACCACUAUUACAUGGUGCAGAGCAAACUUCAGUACGGGAUGCAGUUCGAAGCGCAGACGUCACCGCGAGUGCCGUCCACGGGGCCGGCACAGGUGCAGCCCCCGCCGUCGGCGACGCCCGUGUACGCUUAUCACCACCAACAGUCGCCGCACCAGCAGGACGGCGCUUACCCGUCAGCGGACCACCAGCACCACCAGCAACACCACCAACAGCAACACCAACAACAACAACACCACCACCAGCAGCAGCAGCAGCAGCAACAACAACCGGUGCACUUCCACCAGUUACCGGACGGAUACUUCCGGUACGCCGCGGGGGCCGCGACGUCGACCGGAACCGCCGCGGCGGCGACCACCGGCGCGGCCGCGACGACGACCCCGGUGGCGUCGAAACGGCACAGGCUGGAACCCGAACCCGUCGACUAUUCCAUACACUCGCCCGAGCAGACGCCGCCGCUGAAGAUCGAGGACGGCGGCCACUCGAUGGCGUCCGACUCGCCGCCGUCGCCGCCUUCGAUGGGCGGGGGGGACUCGGGCGGCGGGUGCGCUACCGCCGCGGUGGCCGCUCUCUCGUCGUCCCUGCCGUCGGCCACGUCGCUGGGCCGUUCCCGGGCGCUGGUCAAGGCGGCCAUGGACCCCGGCGACCUGAUGAUGGAAACGUGGAAUCCCAGUCCGCCGUGGUCGGACUGCUGUUCCGGGACCGGCGCCCUGCAAAAGGUGCCCGACGUGGACAUGCUCGGCGGCGGCGGCGGCAGCGCGAGCAGUUACUGCGGACAGCCGACGCCCCCCACGCCCGGCAGCGGUGGCUCGUACCACGCGCCGUCCGGAGCCCCGCAGCAACACCACGGCCAUCACCAUCACCCGGGGGGCUGCGACGAGGUGCCCACCGCCGACGCCCUACACCACCAUCACCAUCACCACCAUCACCAGCCGUCCACGUUCACGUUCGACUGGCCGGGCGAACAGUACGUGCCCAACGUGCACGAGGUGCUCGUCGAGCCCACUCCGCACUAUAUAGUGCCGUUCCCGCCGUGGCCGCACACCGCCGCGGCCGACCACCACAGGCUGUUCCCGCUCCAACCGCCGCCGCCCGGUUCGCUGAACCGGCCGUCGCUCAUCGUGCGCGUCGACCAGGACGCCGCGGCCGCCGACGCUUCCGUCCAAGACGGACGUCGUGAAAGCGACAUGUGACGAGUGGACGCGAGGAUUACGAGAAAUCAUCAUUGCAAUGUUGGCCUCGCUAGAACGCCACCGCGAAGUGCUAUUUUUCGUCUCGUCCGAAGUCAUAAAAACACGAACGUUUAAUUUUUUCUCUCGUACAUAUAAUAUAUGACGUUAUAUCGCGCGAACGAUACUCUCGAGUGCAGCCGACAAUUAUACCAGCAAUAUAUUAUUAUCGUACGGUUCGCGUAGUUAGCGUAUUGAUAGCGGUGGCGGACGCUUUGUACGUAUAACUGCAUUCUGCAUUUUUUGUAUACGUGUCGUAUACAGAGUGAUUCUUUUAAUGUGAAUUCUCAGUAAAUACAUUAAAAAAAAAUAUAUUUAGUACACAAAAAACGUAUAAAACAGUAGAAUUAUGUCUGUAAGCGUUUAAAAACAUUAUAUGUCUAUAAAUGUUUUUCCUUAUAUUUCCCUAGUUAUUGUUGGUUUCGCAAUAAAAGAAUUACUACGUAUACGAAAUAUCUAACGUACAUAUCGAUCUGUCCCGAUAAAUAUAGUAUAGACAAUUGUAUCAUAACAUAAUAUUAUACCCAUUUUAAUGACCACGAGUGCAUGUGUAUGAGUCACAUGGCUCGCGUUAUUGUAAAUAAUAUAUUGUAAAGACUUAGUGCGUUUUGUAAAAAAUAUUGAACGUCUGUUCGAUCCUCGUAUUUUAUGUACAUAAUAUUAUUAUAUAUUAUAUAUUUUAUCCACCAAGCUGCGCCUGUGAUCUCUGUUUUUAGAUGAUUUUCGUAGGAAAAGCCUUACAGUAUAAUGUAUAAAUCUUAUCGUAUCAUGUAAGUCAAAUUAUAUCAUUAUUAUUUAGUUAAUUAUUAUUAUUAUUAUUAUUAUGAACUACCGUCCAUAUUAUUCUUGUUUUAUUAUUUUUAUUAUUAUUAAGCGUAAUUGUAUCGAAUUUGUUGAUUUUUUUUUAUAUAUAUAUAUUUUAUUUGUCAAACAUAUUUUUUAUACGUUUAUACUGUAUACAUGUUCAAUAGGUACGCCUAUAAUGUAUUAUGUAAUCAUCGUGUGCUAAAAAAUAAAUUAUUUUAAUAUAGGCACAUGUGCGAUAAGUAUACGUUAAUAUGAUUACGGCUGGCCAAGUGCAAUUUAUAUAGAAGUACGUGCGCAUAAUGUCUUAUACUUUUAUCGAUGAUAUAUUAUUAUGUUAUAUUAUGCGCGCGACAUCAUUAGCCAAUGUUAUUAUUCUUGUUAUUGUAAUUAUUAUUGUUCAUUAUUACGUAUUUUUUAGCAUUUUGUAUAUUUUCGUGUGUGUAAAAAAAAAUCAACCAAAAAAAAACUAUUUUAAUAGAUCGAUUUAUACAAAUAUAGUGUCAAUUAUUAAACUGUAAACACCAAGUGUACAGGUAUACCUAUAUAUAUUAUAAUAUUAUUACAUAGUUUUGGAAAUAAAUGUUUCGAAAAACGAAUCAGUCAAAAGAAAAAAAAUU